GGAUUUAAAGGCGGAACGAAUUUGUAUCGUUUAGUUCUUUUUCCCAUUCGGAAAACGUAAACGUUCACUUGCACUUUAUUUACUUAACCGUUGCAACUUGCAACACUUUACAAUACUUGUACGUAUGGCGUAUACACACAGAUGUACACUACUUCCUCGCACUUACAAACGUGAUCGAAGAUAAUAAAGUUAACCAAAAAGUACCGUUUGGCGAUACAAAUUUAUGUCCCUUCAAUUUCAUAUGAAUCCCGUUUACGUGAAACUUUAUGACUAAAACAUACUGCAUUUACGAUAGUUAAAUCAUGGAGAAGGAAGAGAUCUGUCAGUAUUUCAACAACAUUAUUAAAUUUGAAAAGGAUAUUUCCGCUGGAAUGGCUGCUAUUCGUACAUUACUUAAAGUUUUAGAAUACUCAAAAUCUGAAACGGUUCAAGAGCUUAGAUAUUGUCUGCAAAAUGCUAUAGAUGCAAUGAGAUCUACAGAAAAUCCUGUAACAGCCAUUGCAUCUGGCAGUGAAUUGUUCCUUCGUUUCAUAACCUUGGCUACAUUAGAUACACCGUCAUUUGCAGAAUGCAAAAGGAUUAUGCUUCACAGAGGGAAAAUGUUUUAUGAAAAAUUAGUGGCUGCCAGAGGAAAGGUAGCCAAAGUAGCAGCACAUUUUAUUACAGAUGGUUCAAAAAUACUUACUCACUCAAAAUCUAGAGUUGUGCUGCAAGCAAUGAAAGAGGCUGCUGAGAGUAAUAAAAUAUUCAAAGUAUAUGUAACAAAUUCUGCACCAAAUAAUAGCGGACAAGAAAUGUGCGAGGACCUCACUAAGUUGGGUGUAUCAUGCACUUUGAUAUUAGAUUGUGCAAUGGGAUAUGUCAUGGAACAAGUUGAUAUGGUGAUGGUUGGAGCUGAAGGUGUUGCAGAAAGUGGUGGUGUAAUUAAUAAGGUUGGCACAUAUACAAUGGCCAUGUGCGCCAAAGAGGUGAAGAAGCCUUUCUAUGUUCUAACAGAGAGCUUUAAAUUUUCUAGAAUAUACCCGUUAAAUCAAGUUGAUCUACCAAAUGAAUUUAAGUAUACAGCAAGCACAUUAAAAAAAGAUUUACAAAAGGAACACCCAUUAGUUGAUUACACGCCCCCGCAUUACAUCAGUUUGUUAUUUACCGAUUUAGGCAUUUUGACUCCAUCGGCGGUCAGCGACGAACUUAUAAAAUUAUAUUUGUAAAACAU